AUGGCGGAUUCUCGUUUUCCCGCCUGGCAGUCGAUGCAAGAGGAAGUCGUCCAGAAGCACAAGCUAUUCGACGGCAUGCCAUCUCGCCGGUACCCCGGCCAUAGAUGGGACGGCUCCUACGAUUCGCCGUUCCAUGUACAAAUCGGCUUGAACCAACAGUUCCCGGUUGAAGCAAAUGCAAUGGGAUUUGGAUUCCCAUGUGAUAUUUCCAAGCAUGCAGUUUCCGGAGGCUUCACCGUUGUUGUUUCCCAUAUAGAAGGACAACAUCCUUUCUACUUUGUUUCCAGAGUAUUCCUCCAUGAUUGCAACGCAAACACGGCUGAGAGCUCCACGGGGGUAGUGAAAACGAUAACGCCUAUAAUGCAGAUCUUAUCCAGCCGCAAUACGACAUCCAAUGACGUUCUCGAUGUCGUUGAUUGCACAGCGUCCAAUUCCAAAAUGGUUAGUGGCCGAUCUCACGAGCCCGGAAUUCAGCGUUUAUCGGCCGAACCACGUUCUUCGGCUCUAGCAAGUUCAAGCUUGGCAUUCUGCCCUGUCAAACGUCUUUUGACUCCAAGGCUAGACGUCUUUGGGAAGCAGAAGCUUGCUACUAGCGAGGGUGCCCCAAAAAAGGGAUUCCUCCUCAUUACAAUCCAUGGGAACGACGAAGUGGGAUUGCAAUUCUGGGCAUCUAGAUCGCUGCCACCAUCAUACAUAGCCCACAUCACGAAGCACGUCCUGUCACCCCGGCUGUCUAGGGACGAACAGCGCCCGCUCCACAAAGCUUCCUUCCUGCUCCAGCCUCCGAGCUUCAGCAGCCCCUCUCUCCUCUGA